AUGUGUUCACAUCUUAAAUCAGAAAUAAGUGGAAGUUCAUCAACUCCACAAGAUAGAGAAGUUUUACCAACAAAUGUUAAACCAUUACAUUAUAAUUUAACUUUACAACCAAAUUUUGAAAAUUUUAAAUUUAAUGGUGAAGAAAUUAUUGAAUUUGAAGUAAAUGAAAGAACUAAUUAUAUUACUUUAAAUUCUUUAGAAAUUGAAAUUGAAGAAGUUAAAAUUAAUGAUGUUCCCAUCAAGGAUAUUUCAUUUGAUAUUGAAAAACAAACUGUUACUUUUAAAUUUGAUGAUCAUUUAACUAAAGGUUCAAAAGCUGAAUUAUAUAUAAAAUUUAUUGGUGAGUUGAAUGAUAAAAUGGCUGGAUUUUAUAGAUCUACUUAUCAAGAAGAUGGUAAAACUAAAUAUUUAGCAACUACUCAAAUGGAACCAACUGAUUGUCGUAGAGCUUUUCCUUCUUAUGAUGAACCAUCUGCAAAAGCUAAAUUUACUAUAUCAUUAAUUGCUGAUGAAAAUUUAGUAUGUUUAUCAAAUAUGGAUGAAAAAGAAACAACACUUAUAGGUGAUCAUAAAAAGAAAGUUACUUUUAAUACUACUCCUUUAAUGUCAACUUAUUUAGUUGCUUUUAUAGUUGGUGAUUUAAAAUAUGUUGAAAAUAAAGAUUAUAGAGUUCCUAUAAGAGUUUAUGCAACUCCAGGAUCUCAACAAUUAGGUCAAUAUUCAGCAGAUAUUGCAGCAAAAACAUUAGCAUUUUUUGAUAAAAAAUUUGAUAUUCCUUAUCCUUUACCAAAAUGUGAUAUGGUUGCAAUACAUGAUUUUUCAGCAGGAGCAAUGGAAAAUUUUGGUUUAAUUACUUAUAGAACUGUUGAUUUAUUAAUUGAUCCAGAAAAUACAAAUGUAAAUACUAAACAAAGAGUUACUGAAGUUGUUAUGCAUGAAUUAGCUCAUCAAUGGUUUGGUAAUUUAGUUACAAUGGAUUUUUGGGAUGGUUUAUGGUUAAAUGAAGGUUUUGCUACUUGGAUGUCUUGGUAUGCUUGUGAUUCAUUAUAUCCAGAUUGGAAAGUUUGGGAAUCUUAUGUAAGUGAUUCUUUACAACAUGCUUUAACUUUAGAUGCUUUGAGAGCUUCUCAUCCUAUUGAAGUUCCAGUAAAAAGAGCUGAUGAAAUUAAUCAAAUUUUUGAUGCUAUAUCUUAUUCAAAAGGUUCUUCAUUACUAAAAAUGAUUUCAAGAUGGUUAGGUGAAGAUAUUUUCAUUAAGGGAGUAUCAAAUUAUUUAAAAAAACAUAAAUGGGGUAAUACUCAAACUUCAGAUUUAUGGCAAGCUUUAAGUGAAGUUUCAGGAAAAGAUGUUGUUAAAGUUAUGGAUAUUUGGACAAAAAAUAUUGGGUUCCCAAUUAUAAAAGUUGAAGAAAAUAAUGGUAAUAAUGAAAUUAAAGUUACUCAAAAUAGAUUUUUAGCCACGGGAGAUGUUAAAAAAGAAGAAGAUCAAACAUUAUAUCCAGUAUUCCUUGGUUUAAAAACAAGUGAUGGAAUUGAUGAAUCAUUAGUAUUAGAUGAAAGAUCUAAAGUUUUUAAAUUACCAACAAAUGAUGAUUUUUUUAAAAUUAAUGGUGAUCAAGCAGGUAUUUAUCGUACUGCUUAUGAUUCAUCAAGAUGGACUAAAUUAGGUAAAGCUGGAGUUGAUGGUAAAUUAUCAGUUGAAGAUCGUGUUGGAUUAGUAGCAGAUGCUGGAUCAUUAGCAUCUUCGGGUUUUAUUCAAACUUCAAGUUUAUUAGAUUUAGUUAAAUCAUGGUCAAAAGAAUCAAAUUAUGUUGUUUGGGAUGAAAUUUUGGGAAGAAUUGGAUCAAUAAAAGCAGCAUUAAUGUUUGAAGAUCAAAAAGUAAAUGAUGCUUUAAAAUUAUUUACAAGAGAUUUAAUUGGAGAAAAAUUAAAAGAAAUUGGUUGGGAAUUUAAUGAUUCAGAUUCAUUUGCUGAUCAACAAUUAAAAUCUUCAUUAUUUGCUUCAGCAGCAAAUUCAGAUGAUCCAAAAGCUGUUGAAUUUUCCAAAGACUCGUUCAAAAAAUUUGUUGAAGGAGAUAAAAAAGCCAUUCAUCCAAAUUUAAGAGCAACAAUUUUCAAUAUUAAUGCAAAAUUUGGAGAUGAAUCUACAUUUGAAGAAAUUUUAAAAAUUUAUAAAAAUCCUCAAUCAAUUGAAGAAAAAAUUGCUGCUUUACGUUCAUUAGGUAGAUUUGAAAAACCAGAAAUUAUGGAUAAAGUAGCUGAUCUUUUGUUGCAAACUGAUGUUGUUAAACAACAAGAUAUUUAUAUUCCAAUGCAAGGAUUAAGAGCUCAUAAAGCUGGUGUUGAAAAAUUAUGGAAUUGGUUAACUAUAAAUUGGGAUAAAGUUUAUUCAUUAUUACCACCAGGAUUAUCAAUGUUAGGUUCAGUAGUUACAUUGGGAACUUCUGGAUUUACAAAAGAAGAACAAAAACAAAAAGUUGAAGAAUUUUUUAAAACAAAAGAUACAAAGGGUUAUAAUCAAGGUUUAGCUCAAUCAUUAGAUAUUAUUACAGCAAAAGGUAAAUGGGCUGAACGUGAUUCUAAAUUAAUUUCAGAUUGGUUAGUUACAAAUGGUUAUUCAAAAUAA